AUGAAAACUUUCCAAUCGAUGCAGGAAAGGAUGAGAAAGUAUCACGUGGUGAUAAUCGGGGACUCGAACAGUGGAAAGACCACUUUGAUUGAGUCUAUCCGGAACGGUGCCUUUGUCGAGGAUGUCCCAAAAGUCGCUGAACCCUGCGAGAUUUCGGAAGAAAACUUGAUUUCGCAUACUCCGAUGGUAUUGUACGACACGUCGUCGGACCCCGCUGAUGAAGUGGAAACACAAAGUCUUCUUAGAAAAGCGGACGUCAUUGUCUUUGUCGCAUUUCUAAAGUACGAGCAAAACAUGCAGUCGUUUUUGUCGGAUUGGGUGCCUACCCUUCAGUUUGUGUGCCCCAACACACCGAUUAUCAUUGUGUCGAGCAAGACCGACCUGCUUUCUUCGGAUGAUCAAUCGUUUACUCGUUCUCAGCUCAGCACUCUCCUCAAGCGAGUCUCUAACGUGGAGGUCUGUCUAGAAUGCUCCUCAAAAACGCACUACAAUCUCGACCAACUCAUCACAUACAGCGAAAAGCUCGUAGCUUUCCCCAUUUCCCCUCUUUUAAACCGCACCACAAACCAACUCACUCCCAAAGCCAUUCGCAUGCUGAGCUUUGCGUUUCGGCGAUUCAAUCAAUCCAACACACGUUUCCUUUCCGAUUCCGAACUUUCCGCGUUUAACGAAUGUUGUUAUGGAAGUCCUCUCACAGAGGAAGGUAUCGAGCAGUUCAAAUCGAGUUUGCAGCGACAGGGCAUAGAACUCGCCUCAGAAGGCAUCACUGAACAGAACUUCUUGGAAAUCAUGAAACUCUUUUUGCUUCACGAUCAUCCCGAAAACGUUUGGGGCGUUUUCAACGCUCUGCAAUUCGAGGGAGAAUACCCGCGGUUCCCCGAGUGGACGCCCGAAAACGACGCGAUUUAUUGUCUCUCUCCCGCGGGAAAACACUUCUUGAAGGACUUGUUCAAGCGAUUCGAUCGCGAUGGCGAUCAUCGACUUUCCCGCGAGGAGGUCGAUGAAAUGAUGCAGGUGGUGGAUCCACUCCCAUUGGCGCCCGGAUUUCCCGCCAAUUUGCCGGAAUCCUCGCGGAGAAACGUGGAACCGACCGCUUGGAUCUGCGAAUGGGAACUCUUGGUACGAGUUUCCCCAGUUUCCACGAUUCGAGCGCUAAACCAGCUCGGAGGUUCCGAUGUUUCCUCGUUUGUGGAGCCACUCCCCGACAAAGUGGAAACGUGGAAACUCGGAGAAACGGUGGAACGUUCAGUGGUUCAGGCGUUUCUGUUCGGAGCCCACGGCGUGGGAAAGAGCAGUCUGCUUCGCCGCUUUUUGGGCAGUUCUCCCGCGGGGAAAUACCUACCUGACCAGAGCCUAAAAACCGCGGUGAACAUAGUAAAGCACGGAGAAGGAGCGGUGGACAGUUUCAUUCUGACGGAAGUAAACGAGGAAACGGAGAACCAGGCGUUUGAGCAUCUUCGAUUUUGCGAUUUGGCGUGUUUGGUUUGGGAUGUGACGCGUCCAGACUCCCUUCAUUAUGUCAUGCGAUUGUGUUCCCGAUUCCCGCGGGGCACGAAGGUGCUGCUGGUGGCGAUGAAGAGCGAUUUGCUACGCGUGAAGUACGAAUCGACGGAGGUGUUCAGAGAAUGCAAAGAAUUCUGUGCGAAGUGGGGACUGGAAGAGUCGCUGCUGACGUCGAUGUAUGCGAAGGACCGGCUGUUUCCGCUGAUGUUUGACUGUGCGAUGAUGCCGGAAAUCUGCGAGAUUGGAGCGGAGGAGGAGGGAGAAGGAGAAGGCGCAGCGUCAUUUUUAUGGCCGGUGACGGUGUGGGUGAGUGUGAUCGGAGUGAUCGUGGGAGGGAUUUGGUUCUUCCAUCGAAGACAUUGGAUUGUUUGUUGA